CCUUCUCUACUGAACAUUCCAGGACGCGUGGAGAAGGAGCUCCCGCUUCAGCUGAUGCGCGUCCACGCACCCAUCCCAGGCGUGCACGCCCCUGCAGCGGCGGAGCAAAACGUGGAUGAAGACAACUAAUCACUGAAACAACUAAACACACACAUUCAACGCUGAAUGUAGACGUGAAUCUCUCUUGUUACUAAUGAUGGCAGUUCAGGCUGGAUUGCAGGCUUGGUUCGGUGAGAAGUUAGAUGUCCCGUUACAGAGUCCCCGGAGCCUGCGCUCUCCCCGGCCCGGCCCGGGUCUGACUGAUGUGUUCCAGUAUGACCAGUGGUUGACCAAGCGGCACGAAGCCACGCUGGUGCCCAUGCAGGAGGAUCUGGCCAUCUGGCUAAGCGGCAUGCUGGGUGAACAUGUGACAGCCGAGCGCUUCAUGGAGGAGCUGGACAACGGUGUCAAACUGUGUCGUCUGGUUGGAAUUCUGCAGAGUAAAAUCCCACAGGACUCGGAAACACAGCUGCCCUUAAAGAAAAUCCAGUUCAAGAAAAACGCCUCUCCUGGUUCAUUUUUCGCCCGCGACAACACAGCGAAUUUUCUGUCCUGGUGUCGUCACAUAGGAGUGGACGAGACCUUUCUGUUUGAGUCUGAGGGUUUGGUCCUGCAUAAAGAACCGCGGCAGGUGUGUCUGUGUCUGCUGGAGAUCGGACGCAUCGUCUCCAGGUUUGGGAUCGAGCCUCCGGUUUUGGUUAAACUGGAGAAGGAAAUUGAACUGGAGGAAAGUCUAACGGUGACGGAUCACUCGUCUCCAGUGAAAACAUUCACUGUGUGCUGUCAGCACGGAGCCCUGUAUCACGCCGAUCAUGCGGACCAGGACGACCCUCGCUGUAACUGCUCACAGAAGUUUUCCAUCGAGUAUCUGUCUGAGGGACGCUACAGGCUCGGAGGCAAGAUCCUGUUCAUCAGGAUGCUCCAUGGGAAGCAUGUGAUGGUGCGUGUCGGUGGAGGUUGGGACACUCUGAAAGGGUUUCUGUUAAAAUACGACCCCGACCGCGUGCUGCAGUUCACUACUCUAGAGCAGAAGAUUCUAGCCUAUCAGAAAGGCCCGUCCGGCUCAGGCCCCGCCCACACAGUGCAGGCCGCCCAGCCCCCCACGAUGGACCCCAUCGCAGCCGUUAACCUUCUCCCAGAAUCAUCCUCUUCAUCGUCAUCCUCCACGACGUCUGUGUCCAAACCCAAACCACACACGCCCCGCGGCGUCACCCGGUCGCCCGCUUCCACACCCUCAAUGCCUCGUAAGGCUUCUGUACCCAGGAAGAUUUUUCACACACCCACAGCUUCACCGAGAACCACUCCUUUUUCGUCGCCCGCCCCAAAAAGAAGCCCACUUCCCCAGACAGCCCCGAAAGGGGUUUCCCAAAAAGCCCCUUCAGCCAGCUCCAGGACCAAACUGCACCUGCGUGGGUCUCCGUCUCAACCUCGCAGUCCCGCCUGUCCCGAACCCACCAGCAAGCUGCCCAAACCUUCAGCCGCACCGAAAACCGUCCAGCGCAACACCCGCCCUCCUCUGGCCCCCACCCGCUCGCUGCUCGCCCAGAGACGCCCUCCUUCCCCUGCCUCCGCCCUGCACUCAGAUUCCAGGAAGGGUUAUCCUGGUUCCCCUCGCUUGGCUCCGAAUGACCCCAAACAGACGACUGCUCUCGCAAAACCUUCUGUGACAUGCAAGAGUAAAUCUCUAGAGCAGAACACAGCCGUCGUGUCUGUCAGCGUUAAAACGACCCACAGGAAACCUCUAGUCAGCGGUAACCCUCCCGUCCAGAGCAGCGCCUCUAAACCAGCGUCUACGAGCUCUGACCACACACACACGGCACGGACUAAACCCAGCCAACGUGACCAACCCUACUUUGAGAUGAACUGUAAGAAAAGGGGAAAGAACUAAGAACGCUGGGAUAUUUAUAUUGAUGCCACAUUUAAUUUUUACAUUUUUUCUUAUUUAAGUGAAAAUGAGGCUGUGACGUGUGCUGUCCCUGUAAUUCAAACAUUGACAAUAUGUUUUAUUAAAGGCGAAGCUAUGAAAAUGAGACUUAAACAUGCUGCACAUCUGUCUGUAACGGCUUCGUUUUCAUUUAAAUUAAAUAGGACAUCAUCUGUUUUCGAGCUAAAAAAUCAUCAGGAUAUGUCGGGAAAUGGAUACAUUUUAUAUUUUAAAAAAAUGAAUAGGGUUUUAAUUUCUUCUUCAGCUACUGUAAUUAUCGUUAUUUUAGCUAAGCAAGCUUUUAUAGGUUUAGUUUAAUUGUUUAAAUUCAUGCACGGUUAUCAACAAACUCAUAUCACGGUCAGCAUCUUUUAAGGUAUUUUAAGUCAGUUCAUGUCUGUUAACGUGAUCUGAUUUGACUCCUCGUUAGAUUAUAAAUGGAUCGGCAUCAUUUAUUAAUUCCACAAAUCAUGUAUCGGCUGUAUGUCAGUGUAUUCUGUCGUAAAGCAGUAAGUGUGUGUGUUCAGACUAAUGUCUUGAUGUAUGAUGCAGAUGCAGGGUGUUCAGAUCAUGUGGCACUGAUCUGUAACGCAUGUAAACGUCUGUUUCCACUUCAUAUUUACAUUAAGAGCACUCUUACUGUAUUACAUAAGAAACACAUAUAGAUGGAAAUCCACUCCGGUGUUUCAGCUCUUAUCAGACACCCCAUAAUAUCCAGAAACACCUCUCUAUGGCAACCAAAGUGCAAUUAAUGUUUGAAUUUCGAGUGGCAUCUUUUUACAGCACAUUUUAAAAACUAUUUAAGAUUAUUAAGGGAUUAUGUGCCUUAGAUUUGUGCUUGUUGGAAUGAAUGUGUGGUUUAUUAUCAAGACUUUUUUUUUUUUUAGUCAGGAUGGUUAGUUUGGAAGGUACUGCAGUUUAAUUUGUAUGUUUUAAGUUGGUCGAACAGCCAGCUGUUAUUAAAUGAAAUGCUACCUCCUUUAUAUUUCACCACACAAAUACUACUGACUCAGUCAUGUUCAUAAACACCUGAGCUUUUAUUACUGUCCAGAACAAUGCUUAAUAUUUUCCAGUUUGUGGCCUAUAAAUAUACAUUUGUAAGGGUAAUUGUUCUCUUUUUUUUCCCUAAGAUUAAUUAUAUUUUUGUGCAUCAGAUUGUGUGAGAGAUAUUUUUCCAGCACUUUAAGAAAAUGUUUUGAAUGUAUCUUAUUUUCUUUGUUUUGUUCAUUUGUGCUCUUUGCAUUCUGUCAAAUAAAGAUCUAUAUGGUGUA